GCAAGUCUCUUAACUUCCGGUUUAGGCUGCUAGCUCUAGCCGAUGCUCUACACAUGCUUACUUUUUCAGAGCCGGCUGACUGAGCAAGGACCGAGAAACUGAUGAGGACUUACUAAUGGAAAUGGAUGAUAAUCGCCUACAGACCUCUGGCUGUGACACAAGAUGGUCACAGCAACUGUCAGGCCUUCCUCACAAGCUCCUGCAGCGCCUGAUGCCUUUCCAAAGGGAGGGAGUGGAGUUUGCUUUAUCUAAGAAUGGACGAUGUAUGAUCGCUGAUGAGAUGGGUCUUGGGAAGACAGUGCAGGCCAUUGCGGUGGCGUACGCCUUCCGGCAAGAGUGGCCCCUCCUUGUGGUGGUGCCUUCGUCCCUGAAAUAUCCCUGGAUCGAGGAGCUGGAGAGGUGGAUCCCCGAGCUGCAGCCCGGAGACAUCAACCUGGUGGAGAAUAAGAGCCACACCAUGGGUAUCAGCAGCAGUAAAGUGACAGUGCUGGGUUAUGGCCUGCUCACCACAGAUGCACGCCCCCUGGUGGAGGCUCUGAGCAGGCAGCGGUUCGCUGUGGUCGUGGUGGACGAGUCACAUUAUCUCAAAUCCAGGAACACGGCGAGGACUAAGAUUCUGGCGCCUCUCAUUCAGAGUGCCAAACGGGCCAUCCUGCUCACCGGUACCCCGGCCCUGGGUCGGCCUGAAGAGCUUUUCAUGCAGAUCGAUGCCCUCUACCCCAAGAUGUGCGGAACCUGGACUGACUACGCCAAGAAAUACUGCAAUGCCCAUUAUAGGUACUUUGGGCCUCGCAGGCAGUGGGACUGUCGCGGGGCGUCCAACCUGGAGGAGCUGCACAAGCGGCUGAGCCAGAUCAUGAUCCGUCGCCUCAAGGCUGAGGUGCUCACUCAGCUGCCCCCCAAAAUCCGCCAGCGUAUCCCCUUCGACCUGCCUAAGGAGGCUGCAAAGGAGGCCUCAGCCAGCUUCGCCGAGUGGGAAAGACUGAUGAAGGGACUGGGGUCGUCGGGGGUCGUCACAACAGACAAUCCCUUCACUCAGGUCAUGGGCCUGGUCACACAGAUGUACAAGCAAACAGCUAUUGCCAAGGCGGGAGCUGUGAAGGACUACAUUAAGAUGAUGCUGGAGGCAGAGCAGCUGAAGUUCUUGGUGUUCGCCCACCACCUCACCAUGCUGCAGGCCUGCACCGAGGCCGUCAUCGAGGCCAAGGCUGGUUAUAUCCGUAUCGACGGCAGUGUCCCAUCCUCAGAACGAAUCCAGCUGGUCCACAAGUUUCAGAGUGACCCAGAGACACGAGUGGCCGUCCUGAGCAUCCAGGCAGCCGGUCAGGGUUUGACCUUCACCGCUGCUAGCCACGUGGUAUUUGCCGAGCUCUACUGGAACCCCGGCCACAUCAAGCAGGCUGAAGACCGAGCCCACCGCAUCGGACAAACGUCCUCGGUCAACGUGCAUUACCUCAUCGCCAAGGGCACCUUCGACACCGUCAUGUGGUCCAUGCUCAAUAGGAAGGAAACAGUGACCGGAAGCACACUGAAUGGCAGGAAGGAAUACCUGAAGGCCGACGAGGGCGACAAGGACAAGUGGGAGUUCCUCAGCUUUGCCGACGCGUGGGAGCCGAGUGAGAUGGUGCUGCCGCUGCAGGGAAACGCGGGAAAUGUCAAAGAUGACGUGUUCUUCACUCACUUUGAGAAAGAGAAGCAGCACGACAUUCGGGCCUUCUUCUCUCCCAGCGCCAGCAAGGAGAAGAAGAGGAAGAGAUUAGAAGGUGAGGAAACAUCUCCAUCCAUCUCCUCGGAGACUAGUGCGUCACCAACUGGCGCUGGAACGGACUCUGAAAAAAGCGAGGAGAAAAAGUCUUGUCCCCAAACCUCUGCCCCACCCGACCAGGACUUCUCCCCCCAACUGAAGAGGCUCCGGACGCCGCAGCCCAGCCCGAGCACCAGGUCCCAAUUCGGGGGGAAGCGGAGGUCGACGGCUGGGAAGGCAGGCUCCGGCAGCCCAAGCGCCCAGGCCUUCUUCAUGGCCCCGAGGAAGCUGUCGGAGCCCGACCCUCCAACUGAGACAUGGAGCUGUGGGGCCUGCACCUACUCCAACAGCAGCCUGUUGCCUUAUUGCGAGAUGUGCGAGUUCCCACGCUCUUCUUCUGGCAACAGCUCAGUUCUGUACCUCAGUAAAGACGAGGUGGCCCAGGCCUCCCUGAGCAGGGCCCAGCAGGACGGAGGCAGCGUCCGACUGGUCGCCACGGAAAAAUUGUUCACGAAGAGGAGGUCUGCUGCUUCACUGACACCACCUGCUUCAGAGAGGCAGGACAAGGAGUCCUGUAAGACAGUGGAGGAUCAGCCAUCAUCAGAGUCCGGCUACCUGCAGGCGGUGGACAGCGAGGGUGUCCCCCUGUGUCUGUCCUGCCAGAAGGCCUGCUCUACCACCGGGGGGGCCUGGGACACUCGAUUCUGCAGCCACAGGAAGUGCUUCAACUUAAACUGCAACUCCCGUAUAACAUCUCUCAUGCAAACAGAUCUUGUCCUUUACGAUAUCACUGACCCAGGUGAUUUGAUAUUGGGUAAUGUAACCAGCAUUCUCUACCUGUGUCUCUGCAGGCAGGACAAGGAGUCCUGUAAGACAGUGGAGGAUCAGCCAUCAUCAGAGUCCGGCUACCUGCAGGCGGUGGACAGCGAGGGUGUCCCCCUGUGUCUGUCCUGCCAGAAGGCCUGCUCUACCACCGGGGGGGCCUGGGACACUCGAUUCUGCAGCCACAGGUGCCAGGAUGAGUUCCAGUUGCGAUCCAGUCAGACAUAUAUGCGCUCGCGGGUGCUGGAGGCAGAGCAGGGCAUCUGUCAGCACUGCGGCCUCCAUGCACACGACUUAUUCCUGAAGGUCCGUGACGCCCCGCCCUCCCAGCGCAAGGACAUGCUGGAGAACACUUGGCUCACCCAGCUGUCACUCAAACAGCUGAAUGAGAUGAUCCGCGCUCCGGUCGAAGGGGAUUUCUGGCAGGUCGACCACAUCCGGCCGGUCUACAGCGGAGGAGGACAGUGCUCUCUGGACAACCUGCAGACGCUCUGCACCGUCUGCCACAAAGCCAGGACGGCUCAACAAGCCAAACAACGGAGCCAGAUGAGGAAGAGCGCUGCAGCCUCCAAGGUUGCGUCAGACAUCAGCAGGUUCUUCUUCAGGAAAUGAAAGGGAGGUUUAGUAAGGGUUGUAUAGGUGUAAAAUUUCCUGAAUCAAAUUGUUGAAUCCUUGCUGGCGUGAUUUCUAAAGAUGCCUCGUGAUUCUUCAAGGACAAAACUCGAAUUCAUGUAUCAGAAAUGCCAUUGACCCUUUAAGAUUAGGAUAAAAGGCCGGAUUCCCUUUGAAUUUCUCAAAGAAUGGUACUUUUCUUUUACCUCUCAUUCCGAUGAUGCUAGUGAUGUCCUGUUGGUCUCUACUGUAGCUGGUGGUGAUUUACCUACAAAAUAGUGACGACUGCAUCAAAUGCAAAUUCAGCCAGCCCCCCUUUUGUCCCCGAAACGUCACACUUGCGGUAGUUUUGAUUUAUGACGGCCUCCUUUUCGCUCGAGGCUGAAAUGGAGCAGGUUGUUUAGAGAGAUGCUGCUAUUUUAAGAUUUUGCAAACUUGGUGAAAAGUAGCAGGUGAGAGAUGAAUUAGGGGCUUUGUGAUUAAAACUACCCGGCAGAAAACCCAACCAAGUGUCCUCAUUGGCGCCCUCAACAAGUGCCGCCUUGUAAACCUUACUUUCUGAAAGAAAGAUCAACGCUCCCUUGUGAAAUAAAAACCUAUUUUCAUCUA